AUGGCUUCUGCUGCUGAAACAGCGACCAAGUCAGACGGCGGUCUCCGCGGCAACCUCAAGAAGGUCGUUCUCGCCUACAGCGGCGGGCUCGACACGUCCGUGAUCGUGCCAUGGCUGCGCGAGAACUACGGCUGCGAGGUGGUCUGCUUCUGCGCGGAUGUGGGUCAGGGCGUAGGCGAGACCGAUGGGCUGGAUGCCAAGGCGAAGGCGAGCGGCGCUAGCCAGCUGUUCAUUGGAGAUCUCAAGGAAGAGUUUGUACGCGAUUAUGUCUUCCCCUGCAUUCGCGCUGGUGCGGUGUACGAGCGCAAGUACCUGCUCGGGACGUCCAUGGCUCGCCCUGUCAUCGCCAAGGCGAUGGUGGACGUGGCGAAGCAGGUGGGCGCGGACGCCGUGGCGCACGGGUGCACGGGGAAGGGCAACGACCAGGUCCGCUUCGAGCUCACCUUCUUCUCGCUCGACCCCAAGCUGCAAGUCGUCGCGCCGUGGCGCGAGUGGGACAUCCGCGGCCGCGAGGACGCCAUUGAAUACGCCAAGAAGCACAACGUGCCCGUCCCCGUUACAAAGAAAUCCAUCUACAGCCGCGACCGCAACCUGUGGCACAUCAGUCACGAGCUUGACAUUCCCCCUUCUAACCCCUCUACCACUCCCAACCUGUCUCCUCCACUCUCUCUCCCGUCCCUCCGCCAGGGCGACAUUCUGGAGGACCCGGCAAACGAGCCGGCCAAGGACAUGUACGUGAUCUCAGUGGACCCUGAGGACGCCCCCAACACGCCCGAGUACGUGGAGAUCGGCAUCGAGAAGGGCAUCCCCGUCUCCAUCAACGGCCAGGCGCUCUCCCCCGCCAACCUCCUCGCAGCAGCCAAUGAGAUCGGUGCACGCCACGGCGUCGGCCGCAUUGACAUGGUCGAGAAUCGCCUUGUCGGGAUGAAGUCCCGCGGCGUGUAUGAAACUCCCGGUGGGACCAUUCUUGCGAAUGCGUGCCGGGAGCUGGAGGCCCUGGUUCUCGACAGGGAGACCAUGCAGACCAAGGACCAGCUGGCUCUGAAAUACGCCGAGCUUGUGUAUGCCGGCCGGUGGUUCGACCCCCUGAGGGACGCCCUGGAUGCAUUCAUGGUGUCUGUGAGCGAGAAGGUGACUGGGUCUGUGAAGCUCAAGUGCUACAAGGGGUCGGUGAAUGUGGCGACGCGCGUUUCACCGUACUCGCUCUACAGGGAGGAUAUCUCGUCCUUCGAGGAGGGCAGUGGGGUGUACAACCAGGCUGAUGCUGCUGGGUUCAUCCGCCUGUAUGGGCUGCCUACCCGCGUGCGCGCCAUGCAGGAGCAAGGGUUGUGA